CCCUGCUCGGGGCGGGACUCUAGCACCCGCCCUCCCGCCUGCAGGAGGGGAGCUGGGGAACAGACGGCUGGGGAGCCCUUGUUGUCCCUCCGGGUCACUCUGUCCCUGAGAAGAGAGGCCGCCGCCACGGCUGGGAGGGGGCCGCCGGCGGCCAAUGCGAAAUUGGUUGGUGCUUCUGUGCCCGUGUGCGGUCGGGGUCGUGCUGCACCUCUGGCUGCUGCUCCUCAGCUGCCCGGCUGGUGGCCCCGGGAAGCAGCACCCGGCAGGUCUACUGGCUUUCUUUCCUCACUGGAAACCGAAGCAUUAUGAUGUCAUUGUAGGGGUACUGUCUGCAAGACACAAUGAAGAGUUGCGUAAUGUUAUAAGAAGCACUUGGUUCAGGCAUCUGAAGCAGCAUCCAGGAUUGAAUCAACGUGUCCUGGUGAAGUUCAUAAUUGGUUCACGUGGAUGUGAUGUGCCGGUGGAAGAUCGAGAAGAUCCUUAUUCAUGCAGACUUUUGAAUAUCACCAACCCAGUCCUGAAUCAAGAAAUUGAAGCAUUCACUUUGCCAGAGGAUCAUACUUCGGUGCUUUCGGAAGACAGAGUUGUCAGUGUACAUUUCAAAGUCCUUUACCCAAUUGUUAUCACAAGUCUCGGGGUGUUCUAUGAUGCUAAGGGUGUAGGAUUCCAGAGAAACAUCACAGUGAAGCUGUACCAAGCAGAACAGGAGGAGGCACUCUUCAGUGCUCGUUUUAGUCCUCCUAGUUGCGGGAUACAAGUGAACAGACUUUGGUACAAACCUGUAGAACAGUUCAUUCUGCCUGAGAGUUUUGAAGGCACUAUUGUCUGGGAAAGCCAGGAUCUGCAAGGUCUCGUGUCUAGAAAUCUUCACAAAGUGAUGGUGAAUGAUGGAGGAGGUGUCUUCAGAAUCACUACGGCAGGGGAAGGAUCAUUGCCACAUGAAUUUACACAGGGUGUGGAGGGGAUCGCAGGUGGUUUUAUUUACACAAUUCAAGAAGGAGAGGCCCUUUUACAAAGUUUGCAGAGUCGCCCUGAAAGGAUUAUGCAUCAUGUAAAUAAACUUGAAGAGGAAGAUGCCUUAUUGAAGGAUGAAAGUAACACUUAUGAUGAUAUUGUUUUUGUUGACGUUGUUGACACAUACAGAAAUGUUCCAGCUAAAUUAUUAAACUUCUAUCGAUGGACAGUAGAAUCAGCAAGCUUCAACGUAUUGCUGAAAACAGACGAUGACUGCUACAUAGAUUUAGAGGCUGUGUUCAACAGAAUAAAGCUUAAAAAUUUGGGCAGACCAAAUACUUGGUGGGGAAAUUUCAGAUUAAACUGGGCAGUUGAUCGGACAGGGAAGUGGCAAGAACUGGAGUAUCCAAGUCCUGCAUAUCCAGCCUUUGCUUGUGGGUCUGGUUAUGUUAUCUCCAAAGACAUUGUAGAAUGGCUUGCAAGCAAUUCAGAAAGACUAAAGAUAUAUCAGGGAGAAGAUGUAAGUAUGGGUAUUUGGAUGGCAGCAAUUGGGCCAAAACGAUAUCAGGACAAUUUGUGGUUAUGCGAGAAGACAUGUGAGAGUGGUAUGCUAUCUUCUCCUCAGUAUUCUCCACAGGAACUUACAGAUCUAUGGAGAAUAAAAGAACUUUGUGGAGAUCCCUGUAAAUGCGAAGAAAGUUGAAGACUUGACAAAGCAAAAUGCAGCAGCUUCAUGUGGACAGCGUCUAACAGAAGUUUUCAGUAUGGAUUAGAUAGGGGAAGUCUCAUAAGGCCACUUCUCACAGAAAAAAUCUUCUCCAUACACUUGUGAUGAUUGCAUAAGUGCUGGUCAGUAUCAGUUAUCCCCCUACCCAUGGUUAUAGGCACCAACAUGUGUGCACUUAUUGCAAGUGGUAAACUACUCAUAUUUAUUCUUAAAAUAAUUAAUUUCUUAUGUGAACUGGCCCUUAUUGCGAUGUUUGCACAUCCCUUUCAUUUUUUAAAGGGUAAUUCUCUAUUUUCACUUACAGUACAGUUUCUCAAAUGGAGGCCAAGAAACCCCUAGGGCAGGGGUAGGGAACAUUGGUUCUCCAGAUGUUUUUUUGCCUACAACUCCCAUCAGCCCCAGCCAGCAUGGUCAAUGGCUGAGACUGAUGGGAGUUGUAGGCAAAAAACAUCUGGAGAGCCAAUGUUCCCUACCCCUGCCCUAGGGGAAGGUUACAGAUCCAUUUGAAGUACAGAGAAUGAGCACUUCUCAGGCCAUCCAGCUAAUGUGAAAAUACAGUGCUGUUAGUUUUCUUGGAAUGUGGGAAGGACCUUAGGGGAAAGAAAAGGGUUUCCUAUUUUUUUUUGGGGGGGAAGAGUAGGAAUUCACAGAGUUGCUUAUCCUACCAGUCACCUAGCUUCUAGUUUACCUUGGAGCACCAGCUAGAAAACGUGCUGGAAAUUAAUUGGUUGAGUAGCGCCAAGGAGGUAAAAUCCUACUACAGUCAUCAGUUACUUCUGAAAUAAAAUUAAAGCAGAUUUCAUUUUAUAUUCUAUUGCUAAGGAUUUCAUUAGAGAGAGAAAUGCCAUAAAUAGCUACUGGUUGUUUAAAAUUGGGCAUACAGACUGUAUGUGAUGUUGGUGCUUUUCUGUUUCUAUAGGCAACUCUUGAAAAAGUUUCCAGUUUUUUCCCCAUCCUGGCUCAGCCAGUCUGUAUCUAGAAAUCAACCAGUAAGGAAGUUUCUUGCUGUCUUUAGUGCUAAAUCUCUUGCAGCCAAAGGGUAAGACUGAUUAGAACUUGUGUCAGGGCCUUUUGAGUUGUGGUAAUAUAGAAUAAGCUGACCCUUGUAAGCCACAUCUAGACAAAAAUGUUUUUCUUAACCUUGCUUUUAAAGUGCAGCCAGUUAGAGGGCUUAUUGUAUUUUGCUCAAAACACAAGUGACUUGCUACAUAUAUUUUGAAAAGGAACUGCCUGGUGUUUGCUGAUGAAUUUUUUGGGGGAGGGGAGUGCUCUGGUUGCUAGUGUUUGAAAACUGCUGCUACAGUAGACUUAAAGCCAAAUGUCUAACUAAAGCAAUUUCCAUUAUUGCGAAAUCAUUUGGCAUUAGUAGGUACAAAUAUAAACUUGAACUCUUACGCAAUAGAGUGUAACAAGGACUUGAAGCUAAGUUCAGAAACACGGAUGCACUAGUGUUAAGAAUCUUGUAAUUAGGCCUGAAGUUUCACAGCAACAUGCUUCUUUCUGAAGCAGAGAUGAAAGAUUACACAAGUGGUGGCCAAUGUUCCCUCUAAGCUAGUGAGCUACUGGCAUUAAAGUUGUGAGCUACUGCAUAAAUUAGUGUGCUCUGGGGUCAUCCUUCCUGAGCUAAGACAAAAAUGUGUGAGCUGGCUCACUCUUACUCAGCUUAGAGGGAACACUGGUGGUGGCUUAUUAAAGUGAUACUGAAAGAUUUCAGGGACAGGGAAGAAGCAGUGCAUCUGAACUUCUAGCUGCAGGACCCCCCUUUGUUCAGCCGGCAGUGAGGAAUAUCUAUACUGCAGUGAUUUGGCCUCUUCUAACCUCAAAGUACAUAAGGGGGAGCAUGUGGAGUGGGCAUAGGAACAAUCCAUAAAUAUGUUUUAAGCUCAGGAGUCCAUCUACACUUGCAAGAAAGAUGACCACUGGGUUGGAUGGGGGAAAUGAGAAUAUUUUGCCUAAUUUUUUUUUAGUUGAGUGCUUAUACCACUCUUGUACUUAACUGAUGAACAAAGCUGUUCCUUUAAAGUACAUCACUCUUACUGAUUAUUCUGUAUGUUAAUUAGGAAAAUAGUACAGACAUGGAUUAUACUUCUUUUCACUAUAAACUGCUUAAAGCGUUUCCUAUUUCCAAAAAUAAUGUAUGGAAGUAUCUCAAAAGACAUUUAACACCACGAGGAACCAGUAGUUUAUUUAGCCAGUAGCUUUCCACCUUAAAAUCAAGGUUCUUCCAGGUAUAUACAGUUAACAUUCAACAUAUGUACAUUUAAUUGUAAAGGCUCUGUGAGUAAAACAACAUUAAAAUUGGCUACCAGCGUACUAGAAUACAGUCUUCAUUUUCAAUAGAGUAAAACUGCAAGGGCUUGAGGUCGUUGUCCAGUUCAAAUUCUUUGCCCUUCAUCUAGGAUAAGAAAAGCAUUGUUAGGUUCAUGUAGUUCAGUACCUUUUAAAAAAGAUUUGAGAACAAGCCACCUCUACUCAGAGCUGAACAGGGCCCACGAUUAUAGUAUGACUGCUCUUCUUUUAAAACAAUUUCAUUCAAUAGCGUGUUAGAGUUCAGUGUUGACUUUUAGCAGUGUGACAAAGUAGUAUUAUUCUGAAUUAAGUCUGAAUUCAUGUAUUGUUGCAUUACUGAACUUAAGCUUACUUUAGAACUUUCAUAGGAUAGUUUCAGUUCUGAACCUGGAAUUCUCAGUAGACGAUACAGCAAUCCUUUGACCUUCUGAAUAGUCAUUGAAUCUGUACAAAAAAGAAUAAUUAAAACUCUCCAUCUGAUGCAUUUACACCACAGCAACUUAUGUUCUAGCAGACAACAGUGACAGUAGAUUUGCAACUCUGAGAAAGCAAUUGUUAGCACCAUCUUAGUUUGAUAUUGUUACUACCUUGACAAAAUUUUAAGCCUUUAUAAGCCACAUUGGAGAAUUUCCAGUUGAUAUAUACAUACUGACCUAAGUGACCUUCAGGAUUUAGUUUGUGGCAUUUGCCCUUUUGUACUCUGACACUAGGAGGAAAGACCUUUCCCUCUACUGAAAAUGUGUCAUUCUGAGACUUCGUAUCUUGAUCACCAAGUUGUGGAUACUAAUUAGCUAAUUAAUUGUGGAUGCCAUAGCUUAAUGCACUUACUGUAUUCUGAACCAAUACAUAUGAAUAGGAAGGUAUUUUUAUAGCAAGACUUGAACGAACAAAUUACUUUAAACAAAAUCCAAUUCUAACAAUGCAAAAUAUUGGCUAAUUUUCCCCAUUUCUUUUAAAGCUUUAGCGGAUGAGACAGCAAUAGUGAGUUAUUCCUCUAUUGUCACAAAAUGUACUUACGUAAAUAUUUUUCUAUAAAAUUUUUGAAAAAGCUGUAUCAUUUUAUGCAACUUGUGAUAAAUGUGAUUUUUAUUUUAGAAUAAAUACUUUUCAAAAUACAGU